AUGUUUGGACGCUCUCCAAGGCUACCUGUCGACCUCGCCUUUGGCCUUCCAGCUCGAGGUGCACCAUUAACCUCUCACUCGCAGUAUGUGCAGAAUCUCCGCUCUCGCCUGGAAGAAAGUUACCAACUUGCGUCCAAAAAUGCAGCAAAAUCAGCCGAACGAAACAAAACUCGUUUUGAUCAACGCAUCAAACCAUCCGCCUUGGAAGAAGGAGAUCGAGUACUCGUCCGGAACGUACGACUCCGUGGCAAACACAAAUUAGAAGACAAAUGGGAGAAGGACAUUUACGUUGUUGUCAAACGUGCUGGUGACCUCCCUGUUUAUACUGUGCGACCUGAAACUGAUUCAUCUGGACGUACCCGAACUCUCCAUCGUGACCUCCUACUUCCAUGUGGUUUCUUACCUGAAAGCCAAGAACCUGAACCGCCACCCAUUACAACUGCACGCAGACCUCAAACCCGAAGUCUACAGAAACCAGUUGUGGAUCCAGAAGAAUGUUCGAGUGAAGAAGAGGAGUGGAUUUCUCCUCGAGUUUCAAUUUCACAGCCAGUGAAGUUCAACGUUGAAAACACCGUUCCUAUCACAUCCUCAACCAGUCGUGAUGCAGUCCUUACUGAACCCACUUACUUACCUGCAAGAAAUCUACCUGUUGCCGGGGAGUCCUCUGAAGCGUCCGAAGCCUUGGAUCCAUCUUCAUCCAGUGAGGAGGAGGAGGAACCUGUCCCUGGAGAGCCUGAGGAAGAAAGGGAAACAGAACCAGAAGCAUACUUACCUGAACCUGAAGACUCUGUCGUCCUUGAUGCAAGGCCCUCUGAGGGAGAUCCACAGCUCGGAGGCCCAGCAGAGACAUCCCCCAAUACAGCAAUACCAUCACCACCUGAUUCUGGUGGCACACUCACCUCUAUUACAGACUCCGAGGCUAGAGAUACCGUUGAAACUGACCAGUCUAUCCGCCGUUCCUCGAGACAGCGACAGCCACCCCAACGCUUACAAUAUUCUACUUUAGGCAAGCCGCUUAUCUCGGUCGUGCAAACUCUCUUCCACAGCUUAGCAGAUGCUUACGGUCAAGCAUUUAACACCCCUGCGUCUGACCGCGUAUAUGCCCCGUUGUCGGUGUAGUUAACAUGCACCGGAGUUGCAUGGUUUUAAGGGGGGAGGGUGUAACCCAGGUGAUUAAAUCCUGUCAAAACAUCUCUCUCUCUCUCUCUCCAUCUACACCUGUGUCUCCUAUCUCCCACUAUGGGACGUUAAAACUCGCGGUGUUUGGCGUGUUCUCGCGGGAUCUCCGCGUCACCAAAUCACGUGGGUCCGCCAGACCAAUCGUCAUCAUGCUCUCGGUGACGUCAUUCAAUCACGUGACGCUGCGCGCCAAUCGCGGGCGCUUAUGAUGCCGCUGAGAUUCAGUGCGUGUUAGGUGCUGUUGGGGGCUGGAUGAGAGUCGAGCUGCAGGUCAGUUUGGGGUAAUCCUCGUGCUUUUAACUUAUCAUUUCGUGUGACAAUCCAUGGCUUAUAUUGUGCAUUCAUAGGAGCCUUCUACCGAGUCCAAACCCGCGUCAAAAAGCGCAUAUGAACGGCGUAGUCCGCGGAAACUGGCCAGAUUGUUAACGUAUCGAUGGCGAGCUAAAAGGAGCAGGCCAGAGCCUACAGAGCCUACAGAGCCUACAGAGCCUACAGAGCCUACAGAAGUAUUGCAGAGUCGCACCUCUCCUGCCGGGCCGGUAGGGGGUUCUUGGCAGCCCAACAAACUCUCCCAACACACCCACACGCCUAUUGCCCACUGAAUGUCACACUCCCUUUCAUGAACUUUAUAUACUUUACUCUCCCCUCUGGAUACCCCGUCAAAACCCAGUGGGUACUUACAAACUGUGUGUGAGCUGGGCAUUAGAUUUCUUGUGGACUCUCAUGAUAAUUUGUGCAAUCAAAUGCUGCUCUAACUUUGUUGAACUCUUGAUCGUUGAACUCUUCAUAUGUAUAUAUACACUUUUGCAUCCAAUGACCUAUUGUGCUAUUUGCUGCUACCGAACUGUAACUGCACAUUGUAAAUAAUUGAAUGGCCAUUCACUGUCCGUA